CCCACCCAGCGCUACAAUUUUAGGGUUUCCUCCCUGCCUCCUACAAAGCUCCUGCCCGCCGCCGCCGCCGCCGCUCGCAGCAACAACACUCAACCCCCACCACCUCCGCCGCUCCCGCCGCCUUCCAGAUCUCGCCAUGGCGUCGGAGAAGAAGCAGUCGAACCCGAUGCGGGAGAUCAAGGUGCAGAAGCUGGUGCUCAACAUCUCCGUCGGCGAGAGCGGAGAUCGCCUCACCCGCGCCUCCAAGGUGCUGGAGCAGCUUAGUGGGCAGUCACCUGUGUUCUCCAAGGCAAGGUACACUGUGCGGUCGUUCGGUAUCCGCCGUAAUGAGAAGAUUGCAUGCUAUGUGACAGUGCGAGGUGAGAAGGCAAUGCAGCUGCUGGAGAGCGGCCUGAAGGUGAAGGAGUAUGAGUUGCUGAGGAGGAACUUCAGUGAGACUGGGUGCUUUGGUUUUGGUAUCCAGGAGCACAUUGAUCUUGGCAUCAAGUAUGACCCAUCUACUGGUAUUUACGGUAUGGACUUCUACGUCGUUCUUGAGCGUGCUGGGUACCGUGUUGCACGGCGCCGGAGGUGCAAGGCCCGUGUUGGUAUCCAGCACAGGGUCACCAAGGAGGAUGCCAUGAAGUGGUUUCAGGUCAAGUAUGAGGGUGUCAUCCUCAACAAGGCCCAAGCCAACACUUCCUAAGUAUUGACUAGUGCCUAGUUCUCAUUUAGAAUUAAGUUAUCUGGAUGUUAAUGGAUUUGUAUGUUUCUCAAAAACUAAAGAUGCUCUGUUAUUUUUGUCAACUUUGAGUUGGAUCAGUUUUGGUGGUAUGUACUUUCAUCUUAAUGCUCAGAUCUAUUUACUAUCUUGGCAGAGACCAUAUGCUACGAAGUCACUGUUGAUAAAAUGAAAGAAAAAUGGCUUAGAA